UUCUUCAAGUUUAUUUCUAUAAGAAUCAAAACCUAAUUUUGUCAUAUUUAUGUGAUAACACCCCUUUCCUCAUACACUGGCUCUGACAUAAUCUCUUGUACUUACAUGUAGGUACUAGUUGACAUUGAUUGUGGUAGGUUGUGAGAAGUCAAAACCAUGUCACCAGGUGGAGGAGAUUAUGUAAACCUGAUGGACAUACCAAGAAGAGACGGAGAAAUGAAUGACGAAGAAGAGAGACAGAGAGAAGUUGGGUUGUUUCAGGAGAGAAUCAACAAAGGAGGCAAACCCCUAAACAUAGCAUUUAUUGGAGCAGCUGGUAGUGGGAAAUCCUCACUGUGUAAUUCAAUCAUGGCAGCCUUUUCUGUUGGUUGUUGGAGAGAGCGAGCUACAGUAGGGUAUUUUGGUGGUCUAGCUGAACAGGUCACGCAUCACUUACUGAGCUUUCCAAAAGUGGAGUAUCUAGACUUUGAUGCAUUGUAUGACUACAACUUUCCCACCCUGGUGGACAUGAAUGGCUUCGAGAACAGUUCUGAUGAUCUGAUAGAGGAACUUCUUCGCAUUGUGUUCUAUGGGAGACUGCCAGAAGAGGGAAAACUAAUAGAUGCUGUCAAAUUGGCAAAAGAGAAGGGAAUUGUGGGUUUAAGAGAGCACUACUCCCAAAACCACGAAGAUUUAAAGAUAGACAGAAUUAUAUUUGUGGCAUCAGCCAUAAGUUCACUUCCAACAUGUCUAAUGGAGGCAGUCAGAAACACAGCUCGUAAAGAGGGCAGAGUAAUUCCAGUCUUCGGGGUUUUGACACACAGAGAUGAAGUGGACACAGGUGAUGUAGAAUACAUGAAGUUGGAGACAGAAUUUCGACAUGGCCUCGGACUUCCUGAGAACCGCUUCCUGCUCUGUACGACAUACUGUGACGGUUACGAUAGAUAUGUUGGUAAAAGCCGCCUUGAUCAUAAACAUCCAGGAUUGGACAUCCCUAUUCUCAAAUUCAUGAGACAGGUUUGUGACACAGCUUCAAGAGUAAUCAAAGACAGAGCUAGCUACAACGAGGAGAGACAAGCACCCUCCUCUACAACCAAACCACCAGCAGACGACACCAAACCACCAGCAGACGACAGACAAACAAAAGAGUCCGAAGUCAGGCGUAUAAAACUGAGGAAUAUGUUUCUGAAAGGCGUGAUUAUUGCAGUUUUUGCUUGGCUUAUUCUGCUGUUGUCAUCAUACAGCGACAUGGAUGUCGUCAACAGUUGCUCCCAGCGUUGGUCAAGAUACAAUGGACAGCCUUCCUUGAUGAAGUGGAGAAUCGUUAUUUGUGUUUUCAUUGGGGCAUGCUCCAUUUUUGUAGAUUAUAUGUUUGACAAGUACUCCCAAUAAAACAGAAUACCGGUGAAUUAAGGAGAUUUUAAUUAGUUGAUUUAUGCUAGUGAAAAUUGUUUAUAAUUAUACCAGUAUUUUGACUAAUGACACCAAAUGUCUCAAAUUUAUUUGAAUAACAAUGCUGCCUAGGCUACUUGCUUGUAACAUGUACAUAUGUAGAGGGGUCAGAUGUAACAUUUUCUCAUAUUAUAACCAAUGGAAUAGUUGUUAUUCUUAAUUACGUCAUUCAGACAGUGAUAUCUUUCCGUAUAUAUUGUGUUUGUGGAGGUAUGGAGGUAAAUGGGUUCAUGUUUUGUGGAUUGAUUGAUUGAUUGUAUAUUGCUUAACAUCCCUCUCAAUUUUUUUCCACUCAUAUGGAGACGUCACCAUUGCCGGUGAAGGGCUGCAAAAUUUAAACUUAUGCUCAGCGCUUAUGUCCUUUGAGUAGGGAGGGAUCUUUAUCGUGCCACACCUGCUGUGACAUGGGACCUCGGUUUUUGCGAUCUCAUUUAAAGGACUGCCCCAUUUAGUCACCUCUUACAACAAGGAGGUAUUGAGGACCUAUUUUAACCCGGAUCCUUACGAGACCAUGCAUGCGUUGUGGUAUAGAGGUAAAUGGGUUCAUGCUUUGUUGAAGUAUAAAGGUAAAAGGGUUCAUGCUUUGUGGAGGUAUAGCAGUAAAUGGGUUUGUAUUUUGUUGAGAUAUGCGGGGUAAUUAUUAUACUGACAUAUCAGAAUUUUGUACAAUUUUAAAGGGCAAUUUUAACUUGAUGAAAUUACUAGUGUGGCAGUGUGAAAAUUUUGUAAAUAACUUCUACAUUUUCUGAUUAAAAGGAAUUGAAUUUGCAAUUGAUAAGAUUGUAUAACAUAGUUAUACUAAAACAUGCCAAAACAAUGACAAGCAGCUUUGAUUUUAUUUAAUUUCCAAUUUGAUGUAAUUAGUAUUUUCCCGCCAAAAGUUUGAUGAGCCUUUGGCGCAUUUUAUAGUCAUGUGACUUUAGACCAGGGUUGGAUUUUUUCAUAUUGUCCAGUGGAUUUGAAGUGUUCAGACGUUAGUUUUAGUUAUAAUUGGAGCUAUUUUGUGAUCAGGGUAUGUUGGGUUUUUCUUUAUUUUUAUGGAAGCAAUAGUAUCGCAGUUGGCGCUCUUAAUUAUAUUGCUAAUCUAACAAAGUGCAUGUUUAACUUUUAUUGCAGUUGCACCAAAGAAGCUUUGAUUUAUAGAUUACAUCUUUGCAUUUGAUAAAUAUCAAGUUAAAAGUCCAUAACUUUGGGCAUUUCAAUUUAUACUAUUUAUUGUGCCAUUAACUGUGCAAGAUAAUGGAUUUACAUGAAUGAAAUAUAAACACGAACUUUUAACAAGGA